AUGGCUCGUAAGAUAACGAUGGAUCUAUUUAAAAAACACGAAGUAAUCGAUCAAUUACCUACUCACAGUGGAGAUGAUAGACUGAAAAUAUUAAAAAGUGCACUAAAAGCUGCAUAUGAUUUGGAUGAUGAUAAUCUGGAUUUAAAAUGGAGUUCAGUUCAUAAUUCAUUAGUACAAUUACGUCGUGAUAUUAAAUUUGGCAGCUGUAAGAAAUCAGAUGAUAACAACGAUAACAAUCCUCAGAAUAAGUCAGCCAACGACGAAGAACAACCAGCACACAACAAUACAUUAGACAUGGAAGAUGAAGAAGAAGAGCAGCUGAGUUCAAAUCUUCAAGGUCAACAACAGCAGUCAGCAGAAGAACAUGAUGAAGUUAGUAAGAGUAGUACGGAUGAAGACAUUAAAAGACACUGA